CUGGGUGAAGGCUUGUUUCCUGAAUGUGUCAUGAUCCAUUUCGCUUGCAUCAAGCCUCAGUCUGUUACACAGCAGGAGGUUUUAAAGUUAACUUCUCGUACAGGUACUACUUAUUCACCGCCGAAAAGAUGGCUUUACAAUUUAAAGAUGCCUUCUGGGGAGUUGAGUUUAUCAGCAAUGUCGGUUAUGAGACUAUGAUUCAAAGACUUAAUGAUGGUCGGCGGACAUGCAAAGACAUGGAGGAGCUGUUGAAAAUGAGAGCAUCCGCUGAGGAGAAAUAUGGGAAGGAACUCAUCUCAAUCGCACGUAAAGCCGGGGGUCUUUAUGAGAUCUGCACUUUGAGAGCAUCAUUUGAUGAAAUGAAAACACAAAUAGAAAACAUAGGAAACUUGCACGUUCAGCUGUCAGGACUACUCAAGGAUGAGGUGAAGCGAAUGGAAGAGUUCAGAGAGCGGCAGAAAGAACAGAGAAAAAAGUAUGAAGUCAUCAUGGAAAAAGUUCAGAAGACUAAAGUCUCUCUUUACAAGAAAACAACAGAGUCAAAAAAAUGUUACGAGCAACGCUGCAGGGAGGCAGAUGAGGCGUCAGAAACGGCUGAAAGGACAGGCAACGCACCCACAGCCACUCCCAAACAGAUUGAGAAGAUUAACAACAAAUCUAAGCAGUGCAGAGAGAAUGCAGAAGAAGCCGAGAAACAGUACAAGUCAACCCUUCUGCAGCUCGACAAGGUCCGUCAAGAGUGGGAAUCAACACACAUCGAGACGUGCGAGAUGUUUCAGCAACUAGAAGAAGAUCGAAUCAGUGUACAAAGGAAUGCCUUAUGGGUCCACUGUAACCAUUUUUCAAUGCAGUGUGUAAAAGAUGAUGAGUGUUACGAGACCAUGAGAAAAAUUCUUGAAGCCUGUGACAUUGCCGCAGACAACGCCUGCUUUGUGGAGACUAAAAAGAUCCAGCCAACCCCCCCUGCUCCAAUUGAAUUCCAAAAUUACUACGAGAGCAACGUUUCAACCGAGAGAAAUAGCAGUAUUGGUUUUGUAGGAGGAGUCCGUAAAAGGUUUUCAAAUCUACUGCAGGGGAACUACCCCAAUGGCUCCAAGCUGAACAUCGACGAACCAGCUGCGCAGCCUGCUGCAAAUAUAUCAGAUGGCGUAUAUGCUGCUAUUCCUGGACAUCAGGGACCCCAGCUGAGCAGUACAGAGUACAAAGUUGUCUACACCUAUGAAGCUCAGAGGGAGGAUGAACUCUCGGUUACGGCUGGGGAUGUAGUGGUCGCCUUGGAUCCAGGUGAAGACGGCUGGUGGAUGGUGCAAAUAAAUGGCUCCUCUGGACUAGUUCCAGGCUCUUAUCUUUCUAAAGACUGAGUUUAUCAGAGGGCAUGUACAUUUUUUUGUAAAAACGUCAUUUCAAAUGACCUUUUACCUCUAUUGUAAGUUUUUUUUUUUAAUUUUUUAUCUCUAUUGUAAGUAUCACUGAAGCCGAUGAAUAGGAUUUGAACUCACAACUCUCACACCACCUCGUGGUGGAAAUGUAAAUUACACUGAGGCGACCGAUAACUCAAACUAUUGUCAACUAGAUUUGCUGAUCUCUUGCACUAAAAGUUAUUCAUUGUGUUUUUUGGUUGUUGCAUAUUUGGUGAUUUUAAGUCUGGCAGAAUGAUUAUUCCCAUUGAGCUGAAAAUCAUUUACUGUUUGUAUUGUAUUUAUUCAACAUGGAGGUUGCAUCUCCAGGAUGUGUUUUCUCUCUAUACAAACAUGCUUUUUAGCAUGUGCUGCUCCACUGUCCUUUGUAUUUAUUUUAUCACUGGUUUACUUUUGUGGCAAAGGCUAUUUUUUUUAAUUCAGAUUACAAAAUCUGUAAAGACUCUUUACAGGUCAUGUGGCUGAGCAGUCUGAUCUCUUUGGUGUCCAGUUACUCUGCGGUGGGUAAAUGCCCAGUCAGUCUCUUCAGGUAACGAGAGUGGAGUCCUUUCAGAUUGGCGAGAACGUUUACAAUGUUUGCUCAGAGAUAACAGUCACAUGUGACAUAUAUGUAAAGUUACUUGGAUAACUAAAUCUACUUUAAGAACCUCUUUACACUUCUCCAUCAUGGGAAAUUC